AUGGCAAAUGGUGUGGCUUUGGCUUGUUUCUUGGGUCUGUUUCUCGCAUUCGCAGCGGCAGAUCAUAGCCCGCUGCAGGAUUUCUGUGUCGCUCAAGCUGGCGGUUCGGUGUUUGUGAAUGGCAUGGCUUGCAAGGAUCCCAAAACAGUUAAGGCAAAUGACUUCUCCUUCAGCGGGCUCCAUCUUCCGGGCAACAUGUCGAACCCUGUCGGCUCGAGGGUCACGCCGGUGACUGUGGCUCAGCUACCUGGACUCAACACCCUCGGCAUCUCCGCAGCGCGCAUCGACAUUGCACCGUGGGGAAUCAACCCGCCCCACAUUCACCCCCGCGCCACCGAGAUUUUGCUAGUCUUGGAAGGGACCCUUGAAGUUGGAUUCAUCACUUCCAACCCCGACAAUCGUCUCAUCUCCAAGGUCUUGCAGAAGGGCGAUGUGUUCGUCUUCCCUCAAGGCCUUGUCCAUUUCCAGAGAAAUACUGGUUUUGGGAAUGCGGUCGCCAUCGCAGCUCUCGGUAGCCAAAAUCCUGGUGUCAUUACAAUUGCUAAUGCCGUGUUUGGGUCGACGCCUGAUAUUUCUGGAGACAUUCUUGCCAAGGCAUUUCAAGUUGAUAAAAUUGUAGUUGGACAAAUUCAAUCGAAAUUUUAG